GUUUUCCAGUCAAAAGAUUUAGACCUCUCAGUUGAGGAGAAGAGAGCAAGAUAACGGUGUGCACAGCAGCUAGACACUGACAGAGGAACUAAGGACUUUGGCCGUCAAAGAGGCAUUUAUUUUUCAUCAAGCUCUAGUCUAGACAGAUAAGGAAAGCAUCGAUACGGGGGGCAGUGAAAAAUUUGUGCAGUAAACAUCUCGCUAGUUUGACGGUCCACUAUUUUAACUUCUUCAGAAAACAGCUGGUGUUGAUAUAGUUUGUUAACUUGAGCUCAGAUUAUUAUCGUUAUCAGUUGCUCAGUUACUCUAGCUCGUUUAUUUUGCUGUUUGUAAAUACCAUUUCGCUCCUGGAGAAAAUGUCCAGUCUGCCUUCCGUCAGACCCGAGAAGGGAAGAGCGGAAGUGGCGUUACCUGGACAACAGGCGCAGCACGAGCGUCCUCAGACCGUCUACGUCAUACUGGACUCCUCAGCCGAAUCUGUCAAUCUCUUCAGUGUUGAACCCCUUCAGCCUGAGUCUGGGAUCGUUGCAGAUAUUGAGGUGGAAGGUAUUUUCUCCUCCGAUUCGGACACCUUCUACGAGCUCAAGAGUCAGCCCAUCACUCCAAGUGGCUCUCUGACCUCUGCUGACCCCGUGACCCCAGCCGGCUCCGUGAUGACGUCACGUGUGUUGAUGAGGCAGGAGCUGAUGCGACAGCAGGCUCAGGACCAGGAGAGACGAGAGGCCCAGAAACAGGCCUCCAGCGCUCAGCAGCGCCUUACUGGCGCCACCCCUGCCAUCUCCGUCGCCUCUUCCCUGCCUGCCACCCCGGCCCAGGUGCCUGUGGAAGUGCUGAAGGUUCAAACUCACUUGGAAAACCCAACAAAGUACCACAUCCAACAAGCUCAGAGGCAGCAAGUGAAGCAAUACCUCUCUCACACUCUUGGCAAUAAAAUAGCCAAUCAGACGCUGGCAACAUCACCUUCUCCCCAGCCUGCCUCUGCCCCUGAGUUGGCCCCUGCUGCCAGUAGCACUCCCAGCAGCCCGCUGGCUGUGCUCAGCCUUGGAUCGAACAAAGAAGAGAUUGAAGACGUCAUCGAUGACAUCAUCAGCCUGGAAUCGAGUUUAAACGAUGAAUUUAUGACACUGAUCGACUCGGGUUUGCAGCUUCCCAACACGCUGCCAGUCUCAGGAAAUCUCCUGGAUGUGUAUAGCAGUCAGGGCAUGGCAGCGCCCACCAUCACCGUCAGCAACUCCUGCCCUGCAGACCUGCACAACGUCAAGAGAGAGUUGACCGAUGCAGAAGCAAAAGCUAUUAUGAAGGAGAGACAGAAAAAAGACAACCAUAACCUGAUUGAGAGAAGAAGAAGAUUCAACAUUAAUGACCGCAUUAAGGAACUUGGAGCUCUCAUUCCAAAGUCCUCUGACCCGGAGAUGCGCUGGAACAAGGGCACCAUCCUAAAGGCGUCAGUCGACUACAUCCGCAAGCUACAGAAGGAGCAGCAGAGAGCCAAAGAGAUGGAGACGAGACAGAAGAAACUUGAACACGCCAACCGCAGUCUGCUGCUGCGCAUUCAGGAACUGGAAAUGCAAGCUCGUCUCCACGGCAUCUCUGCAUCUCAGAUCUCUGGCUCCACGCUGACCCAGUCGCAGAAUUUAACUCUGGAUCACAACCCCAGCAAUGACCUCUCCAAGACCCUUCUGUCCCUCAACCAGACCACGCCCUCUUCUUUCUUGUCUCCGCCUUCUUCUACCUCCUCAGUGGGCGGGGCGGUCACCAGUCCUCUGGACCUCGGGACACUCAGCUUCGGCGAGUUAGAUGACCCCGCCGCCUCCGUGUUUAGUCCAGCCCUGAUGGCGGAUAUGGGGUUAGGCGAUAUUUUAAUGGAUGACAGCAGUGCUCUGUCACCUGUAGGAGGCGCCGAUCCCCUGCUUUCCUCAGUCUCCCCGGGAGCGUCCAAAACGAGCAGUCGUAGAAGUAGCUUCAGCAUGGAAGAAGACUUGUGACGGCUUCAAUUCGGACAAUAGUUUUGCUCUAAGUUGCAAAUCCUGCUUGCGCGCUCCAUUGUUGGCCAGUAGAGGGCAGUGUAAUCCCAUGCUCUUUAUUAAUCGCUGUACUGUAGAAGUCUUGUGUUUGAGAUCCUCAAGACUUUUUUCUAGAGUAUAGAAAGACUUCGGGAGCAGACACUGAUGUUUAGAGCCUCAUUUAUCAUCUGGACCUCUGAUGAAUAUAUGUACAUAGAGUAGAUUUAGUCCUAAACAUCUAUUUUGUGUUUUAAUAUGCAGUUAUAUGAAAAGUAGCACUAUAAUAUUAACUCGUGGACACAAACCACAUGAAUAUAUUAGACAUGUUGGGGAAAAAAAACAUGCCUCAAUAGUAAAAUAUAUAAUUAUUUUUAGGUUCAGACCUCACUCAAAUGGUGGGCUCCAAAAGUCUGAGACUUUAAACCUUGAAAUAUGCAAUACGCAGGAUUUUGAAUUAUAAAUGGAGUAAAAAUAUUUUAGAUUUUGUACUUGUCAGCUGCUGUCAUUAAAGUGAAAAGAGACAAACCAAAUACUAAGAUGUUAUCAGUUUAACUUUUAACUUAAAUUAUUAUGCUAAUAAUAUACACUACUGUUCAAAAGUUUGUCAGUGUGUUUUUUUUUAAAUAAAUUAAUACUUUUAUUCAGCAAGGAUGCAUUAAAGGUGCAGUAAGCAAUUUCUGAGAAAUGCUGUUUAUAUUUCAAAUCACGAAAACAAACACGCCCCUACCCAAAAGGAUCACACCCCUAUCUUUAUAGCUCUGCCCCCAAAUUCACGAACACACUAUGCAACACAGGCACCUCCCCCCUCACGAGUGGACACGCCCCCUACAGCUGAUUGGCUACAAGUGUGUUUUGGUGCUCGGUCCGAUCCACUUUCAACAGUGUUUCUCUGAAAUUGCUUACUGCACCUUUAAAUAAAUCAAAAGUGGCAGCAAAGUCAUUAAUAGUGUUACAAAAGAUUUCUCUUUCAAAUAUCACUUUUAACGGAUUCCACAAAAAUGUUAGGCGGCAAAAACUGUUUUCAACAUAAUAAUAAUGAUUGAUAAUAAUAAGAAAUAUUUCUUAAGCAGUAAAUCAGCAUAUUAAAAUGAUUUCUGAAGGAUCAUGUGAUACUAAAGCCUGGAGUAAUGAUGCUGAAAAUUCAGCUUUGAUCACAGGAUAUAAAUUAUAUUUUAAAAUAUAGAAAAGUUAUUUUAAAUGUUACUGUUUUUACUGUAUUUUUAAUAAAUGAAAAAUAAUGUUUACAGACCCCAAACUUUUGAACAUUAGUGUAAUUAAAAAUAUUGUAAAAAAAUUAAAAAUAUUGUAUUAAAUUAUAAAUAUCUUAGACUUUUGGAGCUGACUGUGUUAGUGUUCACUGUAUAGGUAGCUCAUCAAAUAUGAAAGGGACAGUUGUGUUUUAUUUCCCUUUUUUUAACGUUAGAGUGUGUACAUCUGUGCAUCUGAUAAAGGCGGCAGUAAACCUGUUCCUAAACGUGCUUUUAAUGUCCUCAGGAAAACACAACAGAGAAAAGAGAACAUCCUGUUCAGCUCUGCUUUCAUUUCCUGCUGGGACGUUUGUGUUUUUAUGUGAAACUGGUGUUUUUUUUUUAUGGAGGAAAAAUUCAAACCAGCUUCAUGUCGAGUGUCUGAAAGGUCCAUGUUUGAUUUACAGGGAUCACCUCACUGAAGCAUAAACACUUUAAUAGAGUUGAACAUGGUGUUUGUCAUAUCUACAGUAUCUGUGCCAUUGCGUCUCGGCCUCUAUGAUUUUGAUUUGAUCCCACUCAGACUAGUUAUGUGCUGAUGUCAGAUUGUCUAUGCAAGUACUUUCAUAGUGAAGUAGCAGAGGUUAAUGUGAGCAGCUGACCGUCGUGUUUCCUUUGACAUUCAAAGACCUUUCAGCUCAGAAUAUUGCUGUUGUUCUCUGCCAGAGAGCCAUGAAUCACAUUAAUGACUCGUCAAACCGUCGUUAGCGUGAUUUUGAAAUAUAUUACUGCAGUCUUUACAUCCCUUAUCAGGAAUAUGAUGACAUUCUGAAGUUGUGUUUUUAUUUAUUCCCAGACUCGUUCUGCUAUUGAUGGUUUUCAUACGUGUUUUAGGCAUUAAUGGUCAUAUCCUGAUUUAAAGACCCAGUUUUGGAGCCGAAAGCAAAGGAAAUCAGAAGAAAACCUCCUCUUUUUUUUUUUUUUUUUAUGAAUCUGUACAGUGAGGUUUGAUUUAGUUGAUUUUGGCGCAAUACUUGUGCGUUUUAUACUACACUAGAAAGAUAAAAUGUUUUUUAGGUUUGGCAUUGUUUUGUUUUUUUACCCUAUUGUGAAUAGACAGAUCUGAAUAUGUAUGUUAGCAAUAGCAACUAGCAAAAUGUCUUGUAGUUAUACAACAUUACAUCUCAUUUAUGUGUUAAAACAUCCUUGUGAAUAGUUUAUAUAAUAUCUAUAUAUUAUGUGCUGAUUUAGCACAAUGACUAACGAAUAUUCAGAAGAGUUUUAUUUUACCACAUAUAGGCUAUAAAUCAUACAUUUAAGAUGACAUAAAAUGUAUUUUCACUGCUAUUUAAAAUAAAACAAAAUAGACAAUGAAGGGUUGGUUCACCCAAAAAUGAAAAUUCUGUCAUUAAUUACCCUAAUAAAGAUCUUUUUACUAAUUUUUUUAAACAAAAUUUUAAUCUCCAACGCGCGUUCACAAAAGCACCACGACGCAUGCGUGUUGUGUUGACGCGAGAGCAGAGUUGCGUGAACGCGCGUUGGAGAUUAAUAUUUUGUAAAUAAAGUGGUAAAUUAUGUUUUUUGAACAAACAAAGCGCUCGCGUCGCUUCAUAAAAUUGAGGUUAAACCACUGGAGUAACAUACUUUGUCUUUACUACCUUUCUGGGGCCUGGAAGUGGUAUUUGCGUAGGCAAUUUAAUCAAGUAGAUCUUCAUUUGUCUUCCGAAAAUGAACGGAUGUCUUACGGGUUUGGAACGACAUGAGGGUGAGUAAUUAAUGACAGAAUUUUAAUUUUUGGGGUGAACUAAACCUUUAAUAUCCACAGUGAUGGAUCGUUUUAGAACCUUGCUGGCAAGAGAAGGAAAUAGAUUUACUUUUAUAAACAAUGUGUAGAAAAUACAAUGUAAAAAAACCGUCAUAAAGCAGAUCAGUGUAAUGAAAGCUUAUUGCAGCCCAGUUAACUUUGGGAUGUAUGCGGUGUAAGUGUGAUCCCUGUAUCGCUGCAUUCAGUGACUUUAAGGUGGUUUUGUCUCUGGUAAAGACAUCUGUUGACUUAAAGUGUCCACAGCUCGUGUUCAGCCGCUAAAGAAACGUACAUUCAGUCCUAAACCGUUGGGAAUUGCGUGUUCUUUUUAGGCUAAAUUAUCAAGUACUUUUGUAUAUAUUUCUUUGAAGCCGCCAUGUUGGAUGCCCAGCGAUGGGAUUUGUGUUUUGGAGGUUGUCUUGCAGUUUCUGCCAGCUGAAAUUUCCUCAGUCUUGCCAUCAGUUCUGUGGUCGGUGCCGUGUUGAGCUUUGUCUAAAAAUUCAUUAAAAGACCUUCAAGUUCACUCUAAACUGCAGAACUGUACUGCAGAAGACUAUUAGGCAGCGUUUACAUUCAUCUCAUGAAUAUGUUCUUGAUAAUAUCCUGUAGAUGUCCACUGUCCAGUCAGACUUGAGCAAAGGGAAUGUGUUUGUCGUUUGUUCUGUAUUUCUGGAUGUUUAUUCCCUGUAUUUUCGUAACAACAUUGAAACAAGCAACAGUUACGCAGAUUUCUUUUUGUACUCUUCAGUAUAUAGAUUUUUUUUUUUUUUUUACUUUUUAGGAAAAAAAGUAUAAAUAAAGUUGUAAAACAGCAA